GAUCUGUCCCCGCCCCUUCCCCCCCCCCCAAAGGAGUCUUUUAUCUCGUCUCUUUCCCAGUCCACAAACCAAGAAGAAGAAGAUAAAGCUCUCAUAAUUUUCCUGUUCUUCCCUUGGACUGUUUUUUUUUUUAAUUUUCUUGUUCUUCCCUGGGAUUGUUUUUUUUUGCUCGGCAUUCUUCCCUUGGAUCGUUUCUGAUCAGAUCAUAUCUGUGAAGAUGGCCAACAAUUUUAUUGUUUUUCUUUUCCACUUGAUCUGCUCAGACUCAUCAGAAAAACUUAGAUCCAUUCCCUACCAAACCAAUUGUCUCUUAUCUACCACUCUGUAUCUGUCUCCCUCCCUCCCUCUAGAAAAGAUAUAUUUCUCAUAUCAAGUCAUCCGCUUUAUUCUUCUCUCAAUUGUUACAGAUGUUGUGAUCACAUCUGUGAAGAUGACAAGAUCAAUUCUCUACGGUUCACCAAACGGUGGUCGAGUGCUUUUCUUCUUACCGGUUGAGAAAAAGAGAAUUUCCUAUAUGGUGAUUAAACGGGUAUCAACAAGAGAGAGAGAGAGAGAGAGAGAGAGAGAGAGAGAGAGAGAGAGAGAGAGACUAGCCAUUUGAUGAUCUGCCAUCAGAGCUUACUGUGUGGUUGCCAUGGAAUCUGCUGGUAGACAUGUUCCGAUUGUGUUUCUUGAACGAAUUAGGGAUGAAUUUACCCAGACAUAUGGCAGUGGGAAAGCUGCAACGGCUGCUGCUAAUAGCCUGAAUAUGGAGUUUGGGCCCAAACUUAAGGAGCACAUGCAGUGGUGUGGAGAUCAUUCAGAAGAGAUCAGCAAGCUUGCAGUGGCCUUCCGCAAAUUGUUUUUCGAAGACCAUUCGCCAAUGUUGGAGGUUUUGUAUAGGCAACAAAAGGGCAAACCGAUGAUAUGGAUUUCGAUAUUAGACUAUUUAGGGUUUUUUCUCAAGUUGACAAAAUUAGAGAAAAAUGAUUUUGACAAAUUAGUAAUUGAAAAGGGCAUUAAAGUAUCAACUGCAGAUGGAUCAGAAAGCAGGUCCUUAUUCUUUUUGAACAGGUAUUUUUGGGUUCGUCCACCAUCCAAGUGGUGGAAGGUGAACGUAGAUGGUAGUGUAUUGCAGUCUGGGGUCUCUGGGGUCGGCUUAGCUUUUAGAGACGACGAAGGGAAGUUGGGUCCAGUUUAUAGUAUGCCUAUAGGAAACAAGAAGGACGCCUUUGAGGCAGAGUUUGAAGCGAUGGUAUUCGGAGUUAAUUUCGCGAUCUAUCACAAUUUUUUGAAUUUGGUUUUAGAAAGCGAUUGCAAACAACUUUGUAGAUAUUUGUGGGGCAUGGACCCUAUUCCACCCAAUUUGCUUCCACAAUUCCUAGGCCUUCGCUUGGAUGAAUUGACUGCGUACUCCAUUUCACUAGUUCCAAGGAAUGCAAAUAGGGUAGCCGAUAACCUAGCUACAGCAGCAACUUGUAACUCAAAUCAGCGGGAAAAGAAGAUGUGGACAGCAAGGUUUUGUGCUAGUAGGGAGGAAAAGGGCAAGCCAUAUUACACUGUGAAUAGGAAGUACUCCACCCGAUGUACUCAUCGGUCCUCUACAAGGGAUGCUCCUUCUGAUGACUUCAUUUUUAUUCCUUUCUUUUUCUGCACAGUAGAGACGAAUUCCAGUCCUCGCCUGCCUUUGCCACAGCAAAAAAUUCUGUCUUUGCCCCUUUGGAUAAGAGAAAUUGGGCAGCACCAUCUUUUGGAGAGUCUCUACAUAUGUGAUGCCUUGAAAUGUGCCACUGCGUUGCUGGAAGGGAAAUUGGGUGGCAUAAGACUGGAUUUGGAUGGGGAUCACCUCUUGCAUCGUGUGGCUAGAUUUUGUUCAUUGAAACUGGUCCAGUUAUUUCUUCACCUUAAAGCUCGAAGUGAUACCAGAUAUUCUGAUUAUAGCUAUGAUCAUGGCGAAGAUCUGACAAAUGGGUUGCGCCCACUCGAUAUAGCGUUUAACUUUGCAAGGAAUCAGUACACCUCUCUGGAGUCGUAUUCGUUUGGAGGGCAAUCUACUUUUGAAAUGAUACUAUAUCUUUGCCAACUCAGAGUGGGAAACAUUGGGGAUACGAUUAAGUUUCUUGCAUGUUCAUCCAAGGACGUUGCAAAGGAAGCUUACCAUUGUGCAAGGAAAGGAAAGCUCACUGAGUUGGCUCUCUUGCUGAUUGUGGCUCGGGAAAAGAUUUUGGUCCCUAUCAAUUUGGACGUCAAAGGUGGUGUUGGUUCAAGCGGAAGAACCACCAUCCUGCAUUGGUUACAGUUUCAAAUCCUAAUACUAACUCAUGAGGAGAAAUUAAUGGGAGACUGUAAAAAUGGCAAGUUAACUAAGAUUCGCAGGAAGAAGAUGGUUAUGAGGUCAGCUGCACUAUUGCUUGAAGUUUUUGAGAGGGCUGGUCAUGCUAUUGAGGAAAUUAUUCAGUACCUGUCACGUUCACCUUGCGUGAGAAGUGAAGAACUGGAGAAACAUGCUGUUUUCGUGCUUAAGGAAGCAGGAUUUGAAUUCAAGAAUGGGGACUUUGAUUUUAGCACUAUGGACCGGUUUGACAUCACGCUUACUGAUUCCUCAAGGACAAGGACCAGGAACGGGACCCCUACCAAGGAUGCUCCAUCAGCAGAGACGAAUUCCAGUCCUCGCAUGCCUUUGCCGCAGCAAAAAAUUCCGUCUUUGUCCCUUUGGGGUGUUAGUCCUUGGUCCUCUGCCCAGACUUUCCCUCUUCACCAAACACGUGGUUUAACCUCUACGGACAAGUCACAUUACACAAAUCAUAUGAAGCAAACUGAACCCAUAGUGCAGAAUGUGCCCCAAUGGCUGCCCAAGUUUAGGCUUGCACGUUUCGCAAGGUUGCUCAGGAGGGGGAUGAAAAUUGCUUGAUUGAUGUACAAGCUCUCUGACUUGAAAAUUGCUAUAAACGUGUGCUUGGACCUAUAGCCAGCUGGAGUGGCAUUCCCUUAUUGCUUUUGCUUUUGACACACUCUGGGAAGUAAUGCGGGUUCUUUGAUUCAGCAAUCACUGUCAAGCAAAGAGUUUUUAAAUGAAUGCUUUUCCCU